UUUAUUUUCGUACCAAAAAAAACCUGGCAGAAUCUAAAGCCCCCCACCCCAUCACACCACAGACACACAGGCAGAACUGGGAGCUCGCCUAGUCGCCUCGGUUCACCGACACUGCAUGCUCGCUGCCGUCGCUGCGCCUCUCGCUGGAUCUUCCGCGUCGUGUGCUCCUCUCUCCUCCGUCUGAGCUCGGCUGCUGCGUGUCUCUCGCCUCCGCGUCUGCUCGGGCUGUGCUUCCUGCUCGUGUUGCCGCCGUGCCUCCCUCGCCUAUCUCCCUCCUCACGUCUCUGCUCUGACUUUGCUUCCUGCCCGCGUCUCACCGCCUCUCCUCCGUCUAUGUGGUGGUUGUUGCUGCUCGUCCCUCGUCGUCCGUGCCUCCGUGGUUGUUGCUUUCUGCACGCUGUCGUGCGUCAUCUACUUUCUGGAAUCGAUUCUGCCUCUGCAACAACAGACGCCCCCUCCCCUUUCCCUUUGGAUGAAACCCUAAUGCCCAAAUGCCAAAUCUGAGACUCUGACUCUGAGAGUCUGAGUGGAACCCCCCCUAACCCAGCCAGUCUCUGUGCUCUCUCUGCCUCUCCCCCUCACCUCGUCACUCUCUCGUCUCUUCCCUCACCUCGACAGCCGUCACUCUCAGUCUCUCACGGCCUCACCUCGUGGCUCUCUCAGUCUCUCACCUUGUCCCCUCACCUCUGUCGUCGUCGCGGUCCCGUGCCCCUGCCCUCACUUCGCCGGCGGCAGAAGCAGACGGAACCGCAUCUGGUCCCUUAGGUGGUGGUGGUGGUCGUCUUCUUGCUUCUCACGGUCUCUGUCUCGCACCUGGUCUCGACCUCUCCCUUCCCUGCGCUCUUCGUCGCUGGUAGCAGAGGCAACAGAUCCCGGUGGGCUGGUCUUCGUUGUCGUCUUCUUGCUUCGAGCCUUGCCGUCAGCUUCUCCCUCGCCAUCAGCUUCUCCCUCGCCAUCAGCUUCCUUCGUGCAACCCGAUUUGCACAUGUUGACAAAUGAGGCCAAUUCCUAUAGCUACAGGAAAGCAAACAAAAGCAUCAAGAAGAAGGAUAUAGUGACACGUGUAGCUCCAUUCUGGAUUUUAAGGAGAUAAAAAAAAGAGUCAAGUCUGAUGAAUAUGUUGAAGCAAGCAGUCGGAAGAAUUUGGAAAAGCAGCAGUGGUUAUGCUUCAGAAGGAGGAACAAAAAUUUUGGCUUGGAGUUAUGUUCCUUCAUUCUAUUUCCACAAUACACAAGCUCAUACAGCACCUAGAAGCUUUUUCGGUGUUGAGGAUUUCCUUGAUGAUGACAACAGCAAACCUUACACUUACCAGAAAGGGAAGAAAUCAAAGAAUCCAGAUAAACAUGUAUCAUUCAAACAAAGAACUGUUGCAUACAUGGAGCCUUUUACUCUUGAUGUGUUCAUCUCAAAGCGUUUUGUGUCGGCUUCGCUCACCCAUAGAGUGACAAGCAAACAGGUUGCAGUUUCUGGUACCAACUCCAAGGACAUAAAAGCUGUUCUUAAAUCUCGUUCAGACAUACCAGCUUGCAUAGCAAUUGGAAGGAUUUUGGCCGAAAGAGCAAGAGAAGCUGAUGUCUACACUGCCUCUUAUACUCCAAGGGAUAGGGAUAAAUUUGAAGGGAAAAUCAGAGCUGUAGUUCAAUCACUUAUUGAUAAUGGGAUUGAUGUCAAGGUUUAUCUUGAUUGAGUUAUUAACAUCUAUUUGAGCAAAACUUGCCAACUAAAUUAUUGAGAUUUUAGUUAGCGGAGGUAUAAAUAUUUUUUUGUGUUUGAAAAAUAGAAAAGAUCACGUGUUUUUGAAAG